AUGGCCGCGCAUACUGCUCCCGCCUCGCAGAGCCCAGGGCUUCAAGAGUUCUGCCAGAAAAUAUUGCAAAGAGCACCGAACGUGCGAGCUGUUCUUAUUGGCACAGCGGACGGGACUCCAAUCGUUAACGGUGAGCCAACCAGACGCUGA